GGAGGUGAUGCUCGCGCUCUCGCAGCUCUGAUGGAUGCAGCGGGGUAGAUGGAGGAGGAGGAGGAGGUGAAAGACUUGAAGGCGGAGAGCAGAAAGAACGGGUCGGGCAGAGGGAAGGAUGCGGAUUAUGGUGCCCUGCCGGCCAGCUUGCCUGCCAACGGUGUCUGCAGUUUGACACGAGGAUGCGCGGACGAAACGACGCAGGCCUGCAGUUUGUCGGCUCUCGGAGCUCGGAGCCAGUGACUCUAAUUUACGCGUCGCCUCAAAUUGUCCAUGACACCGAGGACUGCCUGGCUUAAUUGUAAGGACGACUUAUUUUUUUUUUAAAUUUCAUGUCGUUUUAUUUAUUACUUUACUACUUGUUGUAGUCCGACAUUUCCCCCGCUUCCCUCGCCAUGUCGUUUAAGAUGAAGAAAACCGGAGUGAAAACAGAAUGACCUCGUCUCUACGUGUUUGUGGUUCAACUGCCAUCAUGGUUUCAGCCGUCAUUUUAGCAUCACCGCCACCUGAGCUCUUCCCCCGGGUUGCUGCAGACUGGAUGUCAAACUAAAGUGAGCUCUGGAAAGUCAAACCUAAACACACCUAUAUUAAAACUUUAACCUCGUUUCAGCAUGAAAGCGCUACACCCUCGCUGGUUGACGAGUAUAUUUAUAUGGACGACUGUAUGUCUGCUCGGCGGUCAAUCCGCCCCUAACUCCUCGGGCCUGUCUCUAGCCAUCCGCGUGCCACUGCGGCAAGUCGCUCGCGGCGAGCAGCCUGCGCCGCUGACACCUGCCGCCGCCUUGAACCGCGAACGCGGCAACGCAGGUAGGACUCCUGCGCGCAGGCGGAGAGGAGCGGCAGCGAGCGGUAUCAGCUUCGUGGACAUGAUUGAUAACCUACGUGGGAAGUCCGGCCAGGGAUAUUACGUGGAGAUGGCUGUGGGUUCUCCUCCGCAGAAGUUGAACAUCCUGGUGGAUACUGGAAGCAGUAACUUUGCUGUCGGGGCGGCUGCUCAUCCUUUCCUACGCAGAUACUACCAUCGAUCGCUCUCCACUUCGUACCGCGACCUGGGUAGGAGUGUGUACGUUCCCUACACGCAGGGGCGCUGGGAAGGGGAGCUAGGCACAGACCUGGUCUCAGUCCCGCAUGGCCCCAAUGCCACGCUGCGCGCCAAUAUUGCUGCAAUCACUCAGUCGGAUCGCUUCUUCAUCAACGGAUCUAACUGGGAAGGAAUCCUGGGACUGGCCUAUGCUGAUAUAGCCCGGCCUGAUGAGAAAUUGGAGCCUUUCUUUGAUUCUUUGGUUCGCCAGACUUCUGUCCCCAACCUCUUCUCUCUCCAGCUCUGUGGUGCAGGUUUCACCCAAAACUACUCCCUGGGCAGUGCUACUGUAGGCGGAAGCAUGAUCAUCGGUGGCGUGGAUCCAUCACUCUAUGUGGGAGAGCUUUGGUACACACCCAUCCGCAGGGAGUGGUACUAUGAGGUUAUCAUUGUACGUAUUGAGGUGAACGGACAGGACCUUAAUAUGGAUUGCAAAGAGUACAACUACGAUAAGAGCAUUGUGGACAGUGGCACCACCAACCUUCGACUGCCGAGAAAAGUCUUCCAGGCUGCAGUCAAGGCUAUUGAAGCUGCCUCUUCGACCGAACAGUUUCCCUCUGGGUUCUGGCUGGGGGAGCAGCUGGUGUGUUGGCAGGCCGGCACCACACCCUGGCACAUCUUCCCCGUCAUCUCCCUCUACUUGAUGAGUGAAGUUCGUAACCAGUCCUUCAGAAUCUCCAUUCUGCCGCAGCAAUACUUGCGGCCAGUGGAAGAUGUGGCCUCUGCCCAGGAGGACUGCUACAAAUUUGCUGUGUCCCAGUCCAGCACUGGGACAGUGAUGGGCGCAGUCAUAAUGGAGGGCUUCUAUGUGGUGUUUGACCGCGAGAAGAAACGCAUUGGUUUUGCUGUUAGCACCUGCCAUGUCCACGACGAGUUCCGCACAGCAUCUGUGGAGGGUCCGUUCCACGGGGUUGACCUGGAGGACUGUGGCUACAACAUUCCCCAGACAGACGAGUCCACCCUUAUGACCAUCGCCUACAUCAUGGCGGGUAUCUGCGCUCUCUUCAUGCUGCCUCUGUGUCUCAUGGUGUGCCAGUGGCGCUUUGCCCGCUGCCUGCACCCACACGGAGACUUCGCUGAUGACAUCUCGCUCCUCAAGUUUUUUGCAAGGAUAACUAGAGCCAUUAUGAAAAGCGUUUUCAUCAGCAUCAACUUUGCCUGUUUGAGCUACCUAUGCAGAUCAGCAUGGCUAUAGAGGAGCAGAUGCGGGAAAAAGUGUAACAAAAAAAAAAGUCUUUGUUAUAAAUAGUGUGUAAAUAAAUCGCAGUGAUGGAUUGGUUUGUAAUUUGGAAAGAUUUGUCUCUUUAACAUUUGGAACUUGAGGAAAGAGCAAGCAGAGCAUUUACAAACAGUUCAAUGAAGACACUCACACGCCAGGUAUGAAUACAGGAGGGAAAUCAUGUAAACAUAUGAACGUGUGGUUACUGUGUGUGUUUAUAGAUGUUCUGUUUGUGGCUUUUGAAUGAGUGAGGUGAGCUUGAUAUGUGUGAGCAUGCCUGUACAUGUGCACAGCUGUACUGUAAGUGAAGAGUGUACUGAAAGGUUUCAUGAAAAUGAGAACGUGAUACUAGCGCCUAUGAAAUUACAUAUGCCAGCAAUGAUUCCUGCAAUGCAAAACAAGUACGCAUAAAAUGGCUAAUUUGAUGAAAUAUGAGACAUUAUAUUUAAAGUAGUAAACUGAGACUACUGAACACACCAGAUGUCACUUUUUCUUAUUAUAUUGAUAGCUUCAAUUUAUCUAUUGUACAUAAAAUUUGUGUAUUCCAGAUCACCUAUUUGCGCAGCCACACAUGAACACACACACACACUCACAACACAGUGCUUAUAUACCUGCAAACUACUGCUGCACCAUCUGAUGACUUGCACAUCUAAUGACAACACAUUACAAGUUAAACACACACUUAAUAGGGCUUUUUUUUUCCACAAAAACAAACAGCCUAACUCACCACAUCUUUCAAGGGGGACCAUAUAUGUAUGCUUGGACGAGGAUACCAGCCCAAAAAUGUUAUACACUAAAGAACACUAUGUCUAUAAGAAACAGUUUGUAUUGUCUCAGAACAAGCUGUAAAUAGGUCAAUUCAGAUCUGUAUAUUUAUCUGUCAGGCAUUGGCAGCACUGUUGAACCAAUAAAGUACUUACUGUAACUGUAAAA